ACGGCUUCCGUUAACGGCUUCUGUGGGAAGCCUUUGCGUUUCCCGCCCGGGAGUUGGGAGCGGGAGAAGUGGAAGAGUCCGAAGAGCCGCGUUGGACUUUUAAAACAAAACCGUCUUUCCCGCGCAAAACUCCUCCCGGCUUUUGACGGGGGAUUCCGCCGUUGAGGAAAUCAGCAGAGUCGCUUGUCAGGGGAGGAGGGCGGCGGGCUGGGCCAGGCGGCGGCUGCCCGUGGAGCAGGGGAGGAUGAGGGCAGAGGCGGGCCCGGGGGACGAGGAGGAGCGCCCUUGGGACGCGCAGCGCCGGCGCUUCAGGCAGCUCCGCUACCGGGAGGCCGAGGGGCCCCGGGGGGUCUGCAGCCGCCUCCACGCCCUUUGCCGCCAGUGGCUGGAGCCCGAGAGGCGCAGCAAGCGGGAGAUGCUGGACCUGGUGCUCCUGGAGCAGCUCCUGGCCGUCCUGCCCCCGGAGAUGGAGCGCUGGGUGCGGGGCUGCGGGCCCGAGAGCAGCGCCCAGGCGGUGGCCCUGGCCGAGGGCUUCCUCCUGAGCCAGGCAGAGGAGAAGAAGCUGGAGCAGAUGCAGGAGCAGAUCAUGCAAGACUGUAACCAUGGAGCAAGUUUUCCAGGUGGUGCCUUGAAACCAGUGACACAUUCUGUGCCCUCUGUUUGUGACAGAGAGAAAGCAGCUUCCAUGCAGCCAGAUCAGGGCCUGAUGACCUUUGGGGAGGUAUCUGUGUACUUCACUGAGGAGGAGUGGGCCCUGCUGAAUGAAGACCAAAGAAGCCUUCAUAAGGAAGUAAUGGAGGAAAACUGGCUGAAAGUGGCCUCUUUGGAGGCUGAUGGUCCCCAGAAAGACCCUGAUGGAGAACCAGAAGAGCUGUCAUUGGAUAGGAAAGAACAGAGAAGAAACACUGGAACAGAAUGGAACAUGGGGAAUGAAUCCUGUGCUUCUGAAGGUGCUGAAUCCCUGGACAUCCCUCCAGACCAAGGAAUGAUCACUUGCCCUGUAUGUGGGAAAACAUUUAUUUAUCAGUCAGUGUUUGAUAGACAUUGGAAAAUCCACACAGAGGAGAAGCCAUAUGAAUGUUUUAAGUAUGGAAAUGGAAAUGCCUUUAUUCAGAAGGAACAUCUUUUGGAAAGCAGAAACAUUCAUACAGAAGGGAAAGCUCAUAAAUGCUUGGAGUGUGGAAUGAGCUUUGUUUGGAGUAGACAACUUACUGUCCAUCAAAGAAUCCACCGAGGGGAGAGGCCAUAUAAAUGCUUGGAAUGUGGAAAGAACUUUGCUCAGAAAAAACGUCUUACUGUCCAUCAACGAAUCCACACAGAGGAGAAACCAUAUAAAUGCUUGGAGUGUGGAAAGUGCUUCGAUGAAAGCACACAACUUAGAUGCCAUCAGAGAAUCCACACAGGAGAGAAACCAUAUAAAUGUUCUGAGUGUGAAAAGAGCUUUGCUUGGGGAAAAGAUCUUACCGCCCAUCAGCAAAUCCACACAAGGGAGAAACCAUAUAAAUGCUUGGAGUGUGGAAAGAGCUUUGCUCGGAAUAUAGAUCUUACUACCCAUCGACGAACCCACACAGGGGAAAAACCAUAUAACUGUUUGGAAUGUGAGAAGAGCUUUGCUCGGAAUGGAGAACUUACUAUCCAUCGACGAAUCCACACAGGUGAGAAACCAUAUAAAUGUUCUGAGUGUGGAAAGGGGUUUGCUCGGAGUCACGAUCUUACUGCCCAUCGAAGGACCCACACAGGGGAGAAACCAUAUAAAUGCAUGGAGUGUGAAAAGACCUUUACUUGGAAUAAACAGCUUGCUAUCCAUCAACAAAUCCAUACAGGGGAGGAACCAUAUAAAUGUUCUGAGUGUGGAAAGGCCUUUCCUUGGAGUAAAGAUCUUACUAACCAUCAACGAACCCACACAGGUGAGAAACCAUAUAUAUGCUUGACAUGUGGAAAGAGCUUCAAACAAAACACACAACUUAGCUACCAUGAGAGAAUCCAUGCAGAAGACAAACGAUCUAUAUAUUUGGAAUAUGGAAAGAGCUUUACUGGGGAUGGAACUUUUAUUGCCCAUCGAAAUAUCCGUACAGGAGAAACUAUACCUUGCCUUUCUCAACAGAGUUCUGAAAUGACUUACCUUGUUCUCCUCCCUUCCAUUUUUUCCUCCCAGUAACCCUGCUGAAAGGAAAGUUAGGCUGAAAAUGAAUCACUUUCUCACAGUCAACCAGCAACGUUCAGAGGCACAGGUGGGAUUUGAACUUGGACACUGUGACCGUUCCAUCUGCCUGGCUUGGACAAUUCAGGGGGAUUCUUAAAUUUAUUUUGUUUUGUAAAGAAAGAGGAAUGUUCCACCUGCAAUCAGCAAAAAAGGAAGGCUUGAAAUGACUACUAAUGAAAAUGAAAGGAAGGAAUGCCAAAGCAGGAUUAUAGCUGAACAUUAGGAAGACAAAAACAGUGACUACUGAGUAAUGGCUCAGUUUUUAAA